GUUGUCAAUGUCAAACAGAUGUUUACUGGGUCAGUCGGUCGGUUUAGCAUAAUUAUUUUUUUCUUCUUAACUUCUUCUAUUGUUCGUACUUCUAAGUUAUUAAUCGAAUAAUAUUCAUGGUUACAUUCACAUUUGAAAAAUAAAUACGCCAAAAUGCUUCCGGGCAUAGGAGUUUUCGGCACUGGAGCCAUUGCGAAAGUCUUGGUGCCAUUCCUUAGGGAAAAAGGUUUCUCUGUUGAAGCAAUUUGGGGCAUAACUCUGCAAGAAGCCGAAGCUGCUGCAAAGGAAUUGAAAAUCCCGUUUUUCACUAACAAGAUCGACGAUGUAUUGCUGAAGAAGAAUGUGAAUUUAGUGUUCAUUGUCUGUGCUCCCAAUUUACACGCUCAGAUAUCAGUUAAAGCUCUGGGAAUCGGCAAACAUGUCGUCUGUGAUAAACCUGCAGGCCUAUGUCAGGCAGAAGCCCUGAAAAUGGUCAGAGCCGCUCAGUAUUAUCCUACAUUGAUAUCUAUUGUUAAUCACUCCCUACGUUUUUUGCCAGCCUUCAGUCAUAUGAAGAAAUGUAUACAAGAUGGCUAUUUGGGCAAUCCUGAUGAAUUGACUCUCAUUGAUGUCAGAGUCCAAAUGGGGCCUUUAGUUGGAGACACAUACAACUGGUUGUGUGAUGAUACAAUGGGUGGUGGAACCCUGUCAUUGGUUGGAAGUCAUGUAAUAGAUCUAGUUAGUUUCCUCACUGGACAAAAGGUUGUCAAAGUCCAUGGAGUUCUGAGAACAUUUGUUGAAGAAACUCCAAAAGUGAAUGGCAUCAGAAAAAUAACAGCUCCAGAUUUUUGUACUUUCCAAUUAGAAAUGGACAAAGGCCUGCUGGUGACAGCUACACUCAACAAUCACUUGCCUGGCCCUUGUUUUAAUCAAGAAAUUUAUGUUUGCAGUAAAAAUGGUUAUUUAGUAGUGAGAGGUGGGGACUUGCAUGGUAGAUUGCAUAAAACAACUGCAAAAGCAUACCCAGAAGAGGAUGGGAAAAGGCCACAUGAAAAAGAAGAAGUUAUCUAUGUUGAUGUCGAAGAUUUGAGCUGUGCAUCAAGUGUAGUUCCUAAACCAUACAUCAAAGGUCUAUGUAAAAUGAUAAGUGCACUGAAAGAGGCAUUUUUGCCGGUAAAAGAGCAAAUGGACUGGAUAAAAGAACCAGUGAGAGCAGCAGCUAAUUUUGAAGAUGGGCAAAGAGUACAGGCCACUAUGGAAGCGCUGCGUCAGUCGAACGAAGAUGGUUGCUGGAUAUCCGUAACUCUGCUGACUGAACCACCAGACCCUAACCCAGCGUUGUCAGCUGCAGUGAGGCGUACUGCCAUAUCUCUACAGUGAUUUAAGCUAUAUGCCAUUAUUGUGUACCUUUAUUAAAUGUUAAGUUAUUUUGAUUAGUUUAAUAAUUAUCAUGUAAGGCAUUGACUUUUAAAAACUUCAAAUAAUAAGUUAUAUCAAGCUUAUUUAAUUUUAAAUAUUUUCAUGCUUAAAAUUAUUUCUAGGUGGUUUGAAAAAGAAAUGUACUAAUUAAUAUAAUGCUUUUCAACUUUUUGCUUGACCUACUUUUAUCCUGAAAAAAUUAUUAGGUAGGUACCUACUAAUUUUAUAUGCACAUAAAUUAGUAAGUAUUACAUUUGUAGCAGGUUGUUGUGCAAGUAUUUUGGCUUUAGGUGUCAUGUCAUUAAACAAACAGGUUCAAUUUUUUAGGUUGCUAGGUAGGAACAGCAUAAACAGCAUUCCACUAACAAUAAGAUUCAGGAUUAUGAUCACACAAAUUAUGUUAUUGUGCUUGUGUAACUUUAUCAUUUCAUUAUUAUUUUAUUGUUCAAAGUAUUUGAAAGUCAGCCCACAACAGUAUUAUAAAUGAUAAGAAAUACUGAUGUUAGUUUAUUACAGAAUUUAAAUAUUUUAUGUGUAAUGAAUAGUGUUCUCAUCAGUCUCAGAAAAUGCACAAGCGUUGCUAUUUACUGGGGCAAUACUGAAACAAAGCUUUUUCUGUACAUUAUAUCAAUCAUUGUCCUAGAGGUGUUUUUAAUUUUGUAAAUAUUAUAUUAAUUUAGGGCUAUAAUUAAAGCAAGUUAAGUUUUCUCAUGAAAUGUAUUUUCUUUUAAUCACUAUUUUAAAUGUAAGCCUAAUUGGAACUGCAAUUGAAUCUUGAUUUUAUCAGUAAGCAUCUGAAAUCAUGUGAUAUCAAACUGUGAAAUACUGUUUGUUGCAUUUUUGUACAAAAUAUAGGUAAUGCUUAAACAAAUUCAUUCGUAUUAUUUGAGUUUCACUACGAUUUUCUUAGAAAAUCUCCACUAUGGGAGUUAUUAACAACACAACCUAGUUGUUUUGGUUAUUAUCAGGUAAACAAUAGUGAUUAUUAAAAUCUCAUUACUGAGAUAAGUGGCACAUACUAAAUGGUUCACUAUAACCUACCUACCUACUGUUCUAAGUAGACAGUGAUGCAACAUAAC